AUGUUUAGCGAUCAAAUUGCCAUACGUCAGUCACAGAUCGACAAAUCAUACGCCGGUCUGCAGGACCUUUGUCAAGAACGUCGACAGCGGUUGGAAGGUACUCUGCAGCUGUACAACUUACAUCGACAAAUCGAUGACCUGCUGCAGUGGAUAGCAGAGCGAGAGGUGGUCGCCGGAUCUCAUGAACUAGGACAGGACUACGAGCAUGUGCAGAUGCUGCAAGAGCGGUUCCGCCAGUUCGCGAAGGACACCGAGUCAAUCGGCUCCGAACGGGUUUCGAAGGCGAAUCAGGAGUGUGACAUGUUGAUGAGUAUGCAUCACCCGGAUGCGCCGACCGUCGCAUUGUGGAAGGACAAUUUGAACGAGGCGUGGGAGAAUUUACUAGAACUGAUCGACACGCGCACUCAGAUGCUGGAAGCUAGUCGCAAGCUGCACAAGUUCUUCCAUGAUUGUCGCGACACACUGUCUCGAAUUAUGGCCAAGACUCACAGCAUGCCCGAAGAACUGGGUCGUGACGCUAGCAGCGUGGCAAAGCUGCAGCGCAAACAUCAGAACUUCCUGACGGACUUGAUGUCGUUAGAGAACCAACUUCUGUCGGCGUACGCCGGCGACAAAGCUAUCGAAAUACAGGCUCGCGAGAUGGAGGUGUUGGGCGCGUGGCGUCAGUUGCAGGCGAUCUGCGAUGGCCGUAAGUUGAAACUGGUCGACACCAGCGACCUGUUCCGCUUCAUGCUGAUGGUGCGUGACUUGCUGCUAUGGAUGGACGAGGUGAAACGCGAGAUGAACACACAGGAGAAGCCGAAGGACGUAAGCGGCGUCGAAUUGCUCAUGAACAACCACCAGUCGCUGAAGGCAGAGAUCGACGCCCGCGAGGAGAACUUCAGCAGCUGUAUCGCCCUCGGCAGGGAUCUGUUGGCGAGAAAGCACUAUGCUUCUUCUGAGAUCGAAAAGAAACUUAUCCGAUUGACUACCGAACGCGCUGAGAUGAUGCGUCGGUGGGAAGAUCGAUGGGAAUAUCUGCAGCUGAUUUUGGAAGUGUAUCAGUUCGCCAGGGAUGCCGCCGUCGCUGAGGCAUGGUUACUCGCACAGGAGCCAUAUCUGAUUUCUAAGGACUACGGGCGAAAUCUGGAGGAGGUCCUGAAACUAAUCAAAAAACACGAAGCCUUCGAGAAAUCGGCUGCUGCUCAGGAAGAACGUUUCCAAGCGCUCGAGAAGUUGACCACCUUUGAGCUGAAGGAGUUGCAACGCCGCCAAGAAGAGGAGAAACAACGAAAGGCGACGACACCGAAAAAGUCUCCUCCCACGUCUCCGGAAAGAAUUGAAACGACGUUCCCCGCCGAAGGAGGAGGUAGAACUGAAACCGUUAUAGGUGGGGAGGCGCAAGAAAGUCCUGUAUUAAAAUCCCUGCAACCGUCCGAAAGCCCCAGCUGGCGGCUGAGUUUAAGUCGUCGUAAGCAUUUCGAUGCAGGGGACGUAAUUGGCACGGAAAGCAGAGAAGGCUUCGAAGGCUACCUGAUUCGCAAGCACACCUGGGAGACCUUCGAUCGCAAGGCCAGCAGCCGAUCAUGGGAGAAGUUAUACUGCGUGGUCCACGACAAGCAGUUCGAAGUCUACAAAGACCAAAAGCAUAAGGAUGACGGUGAAUUGUUCCACGCCGAGCAGCCGCUGUCGCUCAUUGCGUCUACGGUAGACGUUGCCGCUUCUUACACGAAAAGAAGAUUUGUCUUUUCUCUGAAAUUGCCAAACGGAGGGGAGUACCUGUUCCAGGCCCGGGAUGAGGAAGACAUGAAUCGUUGGAUCCAGCACUUGAAUGCGGUGAUCAACUCUUCCGAGUCUCCCGGUGCCGGCAGAGCCGCCACACUGCCCACCUCCCAACAGUCAUCGGGCAAGAAACGAUUCUUCCCAACGCUGAAGAAGAAAAUCUGA